AUGUGACCAAAAUUUUAAAUCGUUUAGUAUUUGUUAUCUGUGUCUAUCAUAGCCAGUAUUCUUUGAAAUCUCUUUAUUUAAUAGUUCAGAAUGAUUGUUUAUCUAGUCGUUGAAACAGCUAUGUGGAAGGCAGUGUUCUAAUUACCAGUUUAAUUUUAGAGUUAGAAGGGUGCUCAGAGAUCAGCCAGUCCAAAGAGGAAAAAUUGCAAAUAUGAGACUGGUGGAAAAAGUAGGAUGCCAUAUCUUUAUUAUAAAUAUCAUAAAAAUAUAAAACAAAGUUUAUACCAGUUAUGGAACUAGGACCAGAUAUCAAAAUAUUAGAUACAAAAUGGAUAAUAUACUGUCUUGUUCUACUAUACUGCCAAACUUUGUGAUUUCAUUGUGUGAUUCUAUAUUUACCUUUUUUCUGUACUUUUAUACUUUAGCUUUUUCAGUACUCCCUGUGCUUCCUUUAAAAUUUUAUUCUUUUUAUAUUCUUUAACAACAACAGAUGGGAUAUGUGAGUUUUAAAUAUAUCUGUAACUGGAAAGAUUUCCUUGUUCAAAGUAGAUUUUGUUAUUUAAUAAUAUUCUUAUUACCCUGUUCCAUUUUGUCUAUUUUUCAUUCAUCACUUAAGGUUUGUGUUUUUUUCGGAAAUCAAAAUUUUCAAACUUGUGCUUGGAUCCAGUAUUCACCAUUAAAAUAUUUUUUUAGAUAAGGAAAUAAAACAUUUCCAAUAAAGCUGAAGUCUCAUCCCACCCAUCCGUAACCAGUCACUCCAUGGAUUCCUCUGGGCAACCUAGACCAGAAGAUAAUCAGUCAGUAGUCAGCAGAAUGCAAAAGAAAUACUGGAAAACUAAACAGGUCUUUAUCAAAGCAACAGGAAAAAAAGAGGAUGAGCACUUGGUGGCGUCUGAUGCUGAACUGGAUGCUAAACUUGAGGUUUUUCACUCCGUUCAAGAGACAUGCAUUGAACUUCUGAAGAUAGUCGAGAAAUACCAGCUAAGACUCAAUGUUAUAUCAGAGGAAGAAAAUGAGCUAGGGCUCUUUUUAAAGUUUCAAGCAGAACGGGAUGCAACUCAAGCUGGCAAAAUGAUGGAUGCCACUGGCAAGGCACUUUGUUCUUCAGCCAAGCAAAGAUUGGCCCUGUGUACUCCUCUGUCUCGUCUGAAGCAAGAAGUAGCAACAUUCAGUCAAAGGGCAGUAUCUGAUACCUUGAUGACAAUUAAUCGGAUGGAGCAGGCGCGCACAGAAUACAGAGGAGCUCUGCUGUGGAUGAAAGAUGUAUCCCAAGAGCUGGACCCAGAUACCUUAAAGCAAAUGGAAAAGUUUAGAAAAGUACAGAUGCAAGUGAGAAAUAGCAAAGCUUCUUUUGACAAGUUAAAGAUGGAUGUUUGUCAGAAAGUGGAUUUACUUGGAGCUAGUCGCUGCAAUAUGCUAUCUCAUUCACUCACUACCUACCAGAGAACACUGCUUGGAUUCUGGGAGAAAACAGCUCGAAUGAUGUCCCAAAUUCAUGAAGCCUGUAUUGGCUUUCAUCCGUAUGAUUUUGUAGCUCUCAAGCAACUACAAGACACUCCAAGCAAGCUUACUGAAGACAAUAAAGAUGAACAAAUAGGCGGUUUUCUUACUGAACAGCUCAAUAAGCUAGGUUUGUCUGAUGAGGAAGCAAGCUUUGAGAGUGAACAAGGAAACAAAGAUCACAAUGAAAAACAUUCUCAAAUGACAGAAUUUGGAGCACCUCAGUUUUCUAACUCUGAAAAUGUUGCAAAAGAUCUACCUGUAGAUUCACUGGAAGGAGAAGAUUUUGAGAAGGAAUUCUCAUUUCUGAACAACCUCCUAAGUUCUGGUUCCUCAAGUACUAGUGAAUUUACCCAAGAAUACCAGACUGCCUUUGGGAGCCCCAGUGCCAGUCUCACGUCCCAAGAGCCUUCCACGGGGUCUGAGCCCCUCGCUCAUUCUUCUCGAUUCCUUCCUUCACAACUCUUUGACCUUGGCUUUCAUGUGGCUGGAGCGUUCAACAGCUGGGCCUCCCAAGAGGAAUCAGAGCUUCGUCUUUCACACACUGAUAACCAGCCAGUGCCUUCACAGAGUCCAAAGAAAUUAACAAGAUCCCCCAACAAUGGCAACCAAGACAUGUCAGCCUGGUUCAAUCUGUUUGCAGACUUGGAUCCACUUUCAAACCCAGACGCUAUUGGACACUCAGAUGAUGAACUACUUAAUGCUUGACUGAAGUUAUAAUGUCACUUCAGUGACCUUGAGACAUGAAUUUUGCAACGUAUUUCCUUUGUGGAAAGGAGUUCCUAUUGUAAUCCACACACAAAAGCACGGUGUUUGUGAAUAUAACACCUGUCAGCCAACUUUAGACAGAUGGUAAAGACCACAUUUGAAUAAGUACACAUCUUUCAUAUCUUGGAUUUGCAGCUGUUGGUACUAUGUGGAAAAUAUUAGAAACUUCUAUGUGGAAAAUAUUAGAAACUACAGAGUCUGUGAUAUUUAGAUACUGAAAUUUAUGUCAAAAUAAUGGCUAGCAAUAAUUCUGUCAAUAUGGAGUUGAGCUCAUUUCUUUGGAAACCCUUUUAAGUUGCCUUGCUGGCUGUGAGAAUUUUAUAUGUGGAUAAAAAAGAUAGCAUGUAAAUUGGGUUGUGGUUUGGGGUCAGUUUUUAAAUGAAAUAAAUAGUAGCAAGGAGGAUUUUCUGUUUUGGAAAACAGCAUUAGAACCAGACCAGCUUUGUUUUGGGUUAGAGAGACAGAAUAAGAUUUGAGAACUCAGUUUGCUUUAAUGAAAUCACAGAGAAACUUGGUACUUGUUUUUCUUCAUUUGGAGGCUAAAAUGUAAUGUUUUUUCAUUCACACAAAAUAAUGGACACUCCCUAAUUCCAUUAUUAAAUCUUGAAGAGGAAGUAGCAGGAUAAUUAAUUUGCUAAGCCCAUCCUCUGCAGAAACAGAAAAGUCUAUCUUCCCAUCAUCUCCUAAAACUCAGAAUGCACAGUAAUACUUCUUAAGGCUUGUACAAGUGUCUUCAGACCCACUUUUUUAUACACUUGCUAUAUAGUAUUAUGCAGUAUUUAUAUUAUUCCUGAAAAUAAAAUGAUGGGAGAAUAUUCCCUAAGCAACUGGCAAUAGUAUUCCUGAAAUACCUAGAAAUUUCUAUCUGAAUGAGGGAGACACUUAUGAACACCUUAUCCUUACAUAUAUUUGCAUACUUAUCCCGUAUUUUGUGACAUAAUUUAACCCAGAAUUACUUUCUGGCAGACAUACAGAAAGCUCUGCGUGAUCAAUAAGGGAGUGUCUCAUUUUUCUACUUCCCUCUUUCUGUGGGUGACAUAAUCUGAAGCUCUACUUGAUUACUAAGCAAAAUCUGUUACCCCUACAGGGUUUAGAACCUAAGUAUUCGAGAGGAAGGCUAUUUAAUGGAAGUUAGUGUAAGCUGAUAAAAACAUAGCUACUGUACACACACAUCAAUCACUCAAUUUCCUGUCCUUUUUUCUUGCCCACCCUUUAAUUAAUUUUGAAGCAAUUUCCUAAGUGUUUUAUAUUUGUCAUCCAGUCCAUUGCAUUUUCAUAAGAAGACAUUUUGACUGGCCGGGUGCGGUGGCUCACGCCUGUAAUCCCAGCACUUUGGGAGGCCAAGGCAGGCAGAUCACAAGGUCAGGAGAUGGAGACCAUCCAGGCUAACAUGGUGAAACCCCGUCUCUGCUAAAAAUACAAAAAAUUAGCCAGGUGUGGUGGCGGGCGCCUGUAGUCCCAGCUACUCCAGAGGCUGAGGCAAGAGAAUGGCGUGAACCUGGGAGGCGGAGCUUGCAGUGAGCUGAGAUGGCGCCACUGCACUCCAGCCUGGGCAACAGAGCAAGACUCCGUCUCAAAAAAAAAAAAAAAAAAAAAAAAAAAAAAAAAAGACAUUUUGACUAAGUUAUUCACAGUAGCUUCCAUGUGCUCUUAGUUCUAUUCUAAACAGGCUUAUUUAGAAGAGGAUUGCUUGUAAUGUUUGUCAUGGUACAUAGAAAACAUUGGACCAGAGUAGGUGAAAUGCAGUCCAUAUCCCAUCCAUAGCCAUCUAUAAUAGUAACUGCCCACAAGCUCUCCAGAAAACUACUACAAUGGCCAAGUACAGUUUAGGCUGGAAGGACCUUAUCUGAAGGUCAGAAACAUUGACUCAGAUAAAAGGUAUGAAGUCUUUCCAUAAAAUCUUUUCACAAUAUUACUCCUAUUUCUUUAUUUUAGAUUUUAAUGAGCCAUUACUUAUCUCUUUAGAAGCCUUUUUUAAGUCUUCCUUUAUACUCAGUGAAAUUUCCCAGAAUGCAAUACUGCACUGUUCUGCCAAGUUCCAAUCACCAAGAUAUGAUCAUGAGUCCCAGUCUGAAUUCUAUACCCAUGGUGACUCUGGUGCUCUCAACUUUUGAGUGCCUCAGAAAAUGCUAAAACUUUGGCUGGGCAUGGUGGCUCACACCUGUAAUCCCAGCACUUCGGGAGGCCAUGGCGGGUGGACCAUUUGAGGGCAUGAGUUUGAGACCAGCCUGGCCAACAUGAUGAAACCCUGUCUCUACUAAAAAUACAAAAAUUAGGCAGAUGUGGAGGUACAUGCCUGUAAUCCCAGCUACUCAGGAGGCUGAGGCAGAAGAAUUGCUUGAACCCAGGCAGCGGAGGUUGCAGUGAGCCGAGAUUGCACCACUGCACUCCAGCCUGGGCGACGGAGCGAGACUCCGUCUCAAAAAAAAAAAAAAAA